GUCUUCCAGUGGGAAACUACUUCCUGUAUCUUGCGCUUGCGCAGGAUCUACUCUCCAGCCCUUUUCAUUCCGGCACUAUGUGUUUCCCCUCGACUGAGGAACCGCCGGAAAAUGAUGACAGCAGCUCUUAAGAGAUUCUGGUCCCGUGGACGCAGUGAAGCGGGAGGAGAGGCAAGUGGUACCACGACAGUGGCGGUUAAGCCAGGGUUGUGGACGCGACUGGGCACCUGGUCCCGCGCGCUGCUUCGGGAUUACGCCGAGGCGUGCGGAGACGCGGCGGCUGCUGCGCGAGCUCGACCGGGCCGCGCGGCCCUGUACGUGGGGCUGCUUGGCGGCGCUGCUGCGUGCUGCGCGCUGGCGCCCAGUGAGGCGGCAUUCGAGGAGGCCUUGCUUGACGCAUCAAGUUCUCUCUUGCUGUUGGCGCCGGCCACGCGCAACCGCCACUCGGAAGAGUUCUUGCAGCGCCUGCUGUGGCUGAGGGGCCGCGGGCGGCUGCGUCACGUGAACCUGGGGUUCUGCUCGUUGGUUUACGAAGCGCCCUUCGACGCCCAGGCCAGCCUCUACCAGGCCCGCUGCCGCUACCUGCAGCCACGCUGGGUCGACUUCCCCGGUCGGGUCCUCGACGUGGGGUUCGUAGGCCGCUGGUGGGUUCUGGAGAACCGCAUGCAUGAUUGCGACAUCAACGACGACGAGUUUCUUCACCUGCCUGCGCACCUGCGCGUCGUCGUGCCUCACCAGCUGCACUCAGAGGCCAAUGAGAGGCUGUUCGAGGAGAAAUACAAGCCGAUCAUACUCACCGUCGAUCAGGUGGACCAGGCGCUGUGGGAGGAGCAGGUGUUACAGAAGGAGAAAAAGGAUCGGCUAGCUUUGAGCGAGGCUAAUUCACUAGUUCAGUCCGAUGUUUCCAGGUGAAAAACGAAGGGUACCCCCAGGCGCAGGCAAACUGUUGGCCACAGAUGGUGCAGUUGGUGAGAUGGGUAGAGAUAAAUGACCCUCGUUGUGAUUUUGUGGGAAGUUCUAGCUCUGUCUGUCCUGUUUACCGAAGCUAAUUGGGAGCCUUACUGGUCUUAGAGAUACAGAAGAGCUGAAAGACUGCUUUCGAACAUGAAGCAUUUGACCUUGUGCUUACCACCGCAAGAUCUACUAAUAAGGAGCCUUUGCUGUGUAGCCUGUUGUUGCUGGGGAUGGACUUCAAGGGUAGAGCAUUUGCCUAGCAUGCCUGGGUUCCUGGCUUGCAUUUCCAGCACUGCAAAAACAGAACAAAAAUGGGCUUUUGGUUUUUGGGAUUUUGUUUAUUUGGUUGCUU